CGGGGCGCGAUGCGGGCGGCGCUGCGGGCGCGGCUCGGGUGGGCGCGCCUGGCGCUCCGCGGGGCCGCGCUGGGCCGCGCCCCGGGGCCGCCGUGCUGGAGCUGCGGCGCUCCGCUCCCCAGCAGCGAUGGGCCGCCCCACUUCUGUCCCGGCUGCCAGGCUCUGCAGCCGCCGGCGCCGCGGCCUGACCUUUUCCGCCUGAUGGACUGCGACCGCUCCUUCCGCAUCGACCCGGGGCAGCUGCAGCGGCGGUUCCGGAGCCUGCAGCGCGCCGUGCACCCCGACCGCUUCGGCAAGAGGCCGCCGAAAGAGCAGUACUACUCUGAGCAACACUCUUCCCUGAUCAACAAGGCCUACCAGACUCUGCUGAACCCUCUGAGCCGAGGCCUCUAUCUACUGGAGCUGAGUGGAGUGGAGCCAGCAAAAGAGACAGACUGUGAUGCAGACUCAGCGUUCCUUAUGGAAGUUAUGGAAAUUAAUGAGAAAUUAGCAGAGUCCAAAAACAAGGAUAACCUUGAAGAAGUUGAAACUUCAAUUAGAGUUAAACAAGAAGAACUGACCAGAGAGGUGACUGCAGCUUUUGAAAGAGAUGAUCUUCAAGAAGCCAAGAAGCUGCUAGGAAAAAUGAAGUAUUUUGCCAACUUAGAAGAUAAACUAAAGGCCAAGAAGAUCCCUUCCUGAUGUUGCCUUCUUAGCUAUUAAGAGUUAGUGUUAUUUCAAUUAAACAAAUGGUUUUAUUAGCAAAAUCAGACCAAAGGUGUUUGUGUUUCCUAUACUUCCAUUAAAAGCUUUAAUUCUGAGAGGAGGAAAAUAAAUAGAAAUCCCAUGCUUGCUGCAGCACUUGGGGAACAGAUGGCAUUUGGAAAUGCUUACAGCCAGGAAAAGUUGCACUGGGUGAGGUGGGCCACUGUCCUGGCAGUGGUGGGUAUGGAAACAAAUAACAGAGAGGCACACAAACACCAGCUGUGAGAUUUCUUACUUCCUAACAUGUGAAGAAUGUAUUUUAAGUUGAAAAAGAGUCCAUGAAAAAAUACUAGAGAGGAGGCAGAAGGCUCAUUCAGCAUGUCCUACAGGUUCCCUGUAGUUUAAAGGUAAAAAGUAUUUAAUUGCUGUCAUCUGUCCUCUCUGCUACGUCAUGCUUUUGGGUAUGUAGAUCUCAGUCUGAUGGGAACUAACCUCCAAAACGAGGAGGUUUAAACUAUGCAAACAACUGUUGCAUAGUUUAAAAUGUUAAGAUGCUAGGUUAGGGGGAAAAGUAACCAAAUUGAAACCCCAGGCAGUCUUUUAUCAGGAUACAAGUUUUUAUUACAAAUAUCAGUAAUCAGAGAGUGCUGUACUUUCAUUGCACAGUACAGUAGUAGGACUGGAUGAGGAAUGUCUUUAAGGCUUUCAGAGUUACAUAUUUGGAAAAACAGAAACUAAAUACCACUAUUUCUACAUAAACUGGGAUAUUUCAAAUAUCAGCUAUCAGUUCUUGUGUGGGUUUUAACAAGAACUCAGAAUGUUACACUCAGCAAAGCAUUUGGAUGUGCCCUAUGACCCAAACUGAACACGGGGCUUUGAAAUGCAAGAAGAGCUGCUGAAUUCUCUGCAGAAAUCUGCCAGAGGGGCUCAGUGAACAUCCUCCCUGGCAUUUCUGCAUCCCUACAGCACCAGGUUACAGCUAAAGAUCAAGUUUUCUGUGGAUAAUACAAUACGUUGUUAACAGCAUUUCAGCAGUACUAACUUGCCUUUAGUUACACUUCCUCUGAAUACACAGGAAGAUUUAAUAAGCCACUUGAUCAUGUAUUACAAGGUUCAUAAUUCUCACUGAAGUUCUGUUGCAUUUGUGAAAUUAUGCAGAAACCUUUAAAAAUUCAUCUUGGAGUUGCCUUCUUUCAUAAAGCUCUGUUUCCUUUUUCCUGGCAUUUCUUCCAAAAUUAAGCUUGUUAAAUUCCUUUUUGAUUUCCAGAAAAGAUUUGUUUUUUGUCUCAGGAAUUAUGAGGAAGAUGAAAGCAGCAACAAAGAAGCACUCCAGUAAGAACACCACAAAACAAUACUGCUUCAGUCCAUUCUGAAAAGAAAUGUGAUUGCAACAUACUUCAAGAGUAAUAAUAGUAGGUUUGAGAAAAUAAGCUUUUUGUUUCCAUUUACAAUUAGCAUUGCUGCUCAGAUGUUUUUCUGAAAGGAGUCAUUUAACCUAGUCUUUACCUGUAACUUUUUAGAUAAAAGACUGUCAAGUGCUGUGCAAUUAUUGGGCAGACUUUAUAAUAAAAAUAAGAUAAACCAUUUAAA